CGUAUCCUCGAGGCCGGCCCUCGUUUCGAACCCUUGCACCUCAUCCAACAUGGAAGCCUCGCGCCAGCCGCCGUCGGAGCCGUCGCCGGUCUGGGACACGCUCAACAUCGACCUCGUCGUCAAAGUGCUUUCGCACACCCUCUUCGGUCCCUUCUUCCUCACAUUCAUCCCCAUCUUCUACUGGUCCUUGGGAUACAGCCCCUCUGGCACCAUCAUCGUUUCCUCGACAGCCUACUGUCUCGCAGUAGCGCUAUUCUGGUUCGUGAAAUGGUACUCCCGUCUGUAUGCCAACAACGCGAGUCUGUUCUUCGCCCCCGCGCCCCUCGACUGGAGUGAGCAGCUUGUCGUCAUCACUGGAGGUGCAUCCGGUAUCGGCGAGCUCAUCGCCAACACGCUCGCUGUGCGAAACGUCACCGUCGUAGUCCUCGACGUCAAGCCAAUCGUCACCGAGAACUAUAACAUCGCCUUCUACAAAUGCGACGUAUCCAAAUGGGACGAGGUGGAAGCCGUAUCGAAGAAAGUUAUCGAAGAGCUGGGCCACCCGACCAUCCUCAUCAACAACGCAGGCGUUGUCCAGGGCAAACUCAUCCUUGAUCUCAGUCCGGAGGAUAUCAAGCAAACCUUCGACACCAACGUCCUCGCCCACUUCUGGACGCUCAAGGCCUUCCUCCCGGAAAUGAUCAAGCAAAAGAAAGGGCACGUCGUCACCGUCUCCUCCGUCAUGUCCCAAGUCGGCUGCGCCCAAAUGUCCGACUACUCUGCCUCCAAAGCCGCGCUGCAGACCCUCCACGCCUCCCUCCGCGCCGAGCUCGACACCCACUACGCCGCGCCCUCCGUGCGCACCACCCUCCUCCUCCUGGGACACACCCACACCCCGCUCUUCUCCACCACGCGCCUCCCGCCGCCGCAAUCCCCGCUCGCGCGCCUGCCCUUCCUCUACCACUUCCUCUUCCCCUCGCUGCACCCCGUCGACGUCGCCAAGGCCGUCAUCCGCGCGCUCGACGAGCAGCACAGCGUCACGCUCUGCCUGCCGUGGUACGUCAACUUUGUCGGGGUGGCGCGGGAGACGCUGCCGAGCUUUGGGUGGGCGUUUUGCAAGUGGGUGACGGGCGCGGAUUGGGCGAUGAGCGGGUUCGUGAAGGUGAGCGGCCGGAGGCCGGAGGAGGGGAAGGGGGAGAAGAGGGGGCUGUGAGUGCAAAGUGUCGUUGUACGUCUGCGUGCUUGUGGAUUACAUUCGUUUGGGUAUCGGUAAAAUGCGACUUUUCGCGCCUAGUGGAGGACACGGCACUGAACACGGCUACUAGUCUGAAAGCCACAUUCCGGAGCGAAUUG